AUGUGCCAGAUGACAGAGCAUAACAUCUACGAAGGCGGAGAGGUGACUUUCCUCCUCCAAGAGGAGCCCACCGCCGCGUCAACCACCACAUCGACCUCAACCCCAGCCAUCAAACUUGAGCCUAACAACUCCGACGCCCUCGCCAUGCAACUCUACAACGUCGCCAUCUCCGAGUGCCCUCCUUGGAAGAGAACCAAGCACUCGCAUGCUACCCAGGAGCAGGCCACGCUCAGCACGCAGCCCAAACCCAAACUCAACUCCCAUCGCCACCCCCAUCCCCAGACCAGAGCCAACCACCACCACCACCACAAACACAAACACCUCACGCCGCUUCCCACAAUCCACAAAAUCCACACCUCUAAAACCCACCUAGCAAGCGCAUCCCCCUUCUUCUCGCGCAUGCUCAGCUGCCCGCACUGGACUGAAGGCCAAACCCUGACCCAAACAGGUCACCUCACCCUGACAGUCGACUGGCCACUGCCCCCCUUCCUCCUCCUCAUGCGGAUCAUCCACCACCAAACAUACCCAUGGCCCGACAAAAUCGACUUCGCCACGCUAGUUGACCUAACCAUCAUGGCCGAUUACUACGGCUGCGUGCCCGUCGUCAAGUUCUACGUGAAUUCGUGGUUAGACAGGCUCGAGCGCCGUCUGCCCCGCCGGUACACCGAGGAGACCGUGAUGCAGUGGAUCUUCGUGGCGUGGGCGUACGGCCGCGAGGACGUGCUGCGGUGCUGCACGCGGAUGGCAAUCGAGAAUGCCACGGAUAAGGUGCGGGCGGACGUGUAUGGGUUGCCUGUCAGUUGUAAGAUUAUUGAGAGCAUCAACCACUGGCGCUGCAGGGCGAUCUUGCGCGUGCGGAGGGCGCUGAAGCAUAUGAGGAGAGAGUUUCUUGAGGAUUUUCGCGACGAGGGCUUUGAUACGAAUGCUACGCGGCUGGGGGCGUUGGAUAUCAACUGCCACAGGGGCCGAAUCCGGUUGCGGGAGGAGUUUGAGGAAGAUCACGAGGACGAGGAGGAUGAACCGUACAUCGGGGAGAGCUAUCGCGGGCUGAUUAAGAAGAUCGAGGGGUGGCAGAAUCCGACUGGUUUUGAUCUCAAGGCCGCGUUGGAUUUGCCGAUUGUCAUUCAGGGGGUGACUUGGAGGGUGAUUAGGGAGUAUCCUUAUGCUAGUAGGACUGUAUGA